AUGCGUUUUAUUGAAUUACUCGUCGCUCUUACCGCUGUCGUUGUCGUUGUCAAUGCUGCUCCUGUUGUUGAAAAGAGAGAGGUUGUAAACGCUGACACACCUUUUGAUAGCAAAGCCUUUAAUUUCGAUCCUAAAAUGAAUAAACGUGGUGCUGGUAAGAGUAGAAGAAGACACCAUAAAAGAUCAGGAGCUAAAGCAUGUUGUGGCGAAGUUGACAUUGAUUUUAAAACAGAUUUCAGACUUAAAGGUGGAUCUGGGCAUAUUCAGCCUCCUCCAGGAUUCACUCCCUUAGCUCUUGCAGUCCCUAUCCCGCCACCUGUCCCCGCCCACGCCCCCGCCCCUGUUCCUGCCCCACCACCUUCUGUCAACAACCAAGAUACCGUUGUUAUCAAUAUCGAUAACAAAAUUAACCAUUAA